CAACUAUAUAAGGCCCAGACUUAGUUUCGUUUCAUCAUUUGUCUGCAAGAUUUCUACUAAAGAUGGCGAAAUUCAACUUUGGAAUUUUUUUCACUCUCGUAUUUUUCUACGCUGCCAUUCAAGGGAGUCAGGGUUUGUGCUGUAAUAAAAUCAAAACAUUGGUUGAAAGUAAAAUGGAUGCCUACAAAGUAUUGUGUACAAACAAUACUUCACUUUCUCUUGAAUGCUGUGAUGACAUCAAAAAAGAAGUUAAAUCGUAUGAAAGAGCAUAUGAAUCAUUAUGUACGAACAAAACAUACCGAUUCCGUCCAUUCAACGCAAACUUUACAAAUCUUGGAGCAACUGGUCGUCAAGGUCCAACCUCAAUUGGUCAACAUUAUAAUGGUCAAGAUCAUGUAAACAUGGUUAGAGUAUUAAAAGGUAUCCAGUAUUGGACUGUGCCUUACACUGGAACUUAUGAAAUUACUGCUGUCGGUGCUCAAGGAGGUUAUGAUAGAUAUGGCUCUACUUACAGAGGUCGUGGAGCUUACAUGAAAGGUGACUUUGGUUUAAAGAAGGGAGAGGUUCUAAAAAUUCUGGUUGGGCAAAAAGCACCUGCCAAUACUCAAAGCCAAACUGCAGGAGGAGGUGGAGGUUCUUUUGUUGCUAGGAACAACAAUGUUCCACUACUGGUUGCAGGAGGUGGUGGUGGCUUAGAAAACCUGAAAAAACGUCUAGAAAAUUGUGAUGCCAGCAUAAAGACAUCGGGAAAAAAUAAUAAAUGUGUCACACCUUGUGGAAACUGGGCUGGAGGAGUAAACGGACAGGGAGCAAAGCAGGCAGAUACAGGAAAUUCAGGAGGUGGGGGAGGUGGAUUUUACAGCAAUGGAAGAAGUAGCAAACGGUUUGGUGGUAAGUAUGGAAAUGGAGGAGAAGGAGGUUUUGCUUUUAUAAAUGGAGGAACAGGAGGACGAGCCUUGUAUAACAAUGCCGUUGGUGGAUUUGGAGGUGGUGGUGGAGCAUAUGGUGCUGGUGGAGGACCAGGUGGAGGUGGGGGAUACUCUGGUGGAGCAUCAGGGGAUAAUGUAAAUGGAUCUUGCGGUGGUGGUGGUGGAUCUUAUAAUGCAGGAAAAAAUCAAGUGAACAAGUCAGCCUUUAAUGACAAAGGAGACGGAUAUGUCCUUAUCACUCGAAAGGGGUAGAUUAAAUCAUCUUAAAGUGGUGUAUUUUUGGUAAAAACACUUUAGUAUCUUGUUGUAUAGUUUAGAACUGUUCAAGACAACAUUUUUCGAAAUAUUAGUUUACCUAUCUGUUAAGACACAAAUUGUGGAAGUCGACGUGAAUCAUCACGAUAUUUACCUGUAUCUAUAAAUACGAGUAAAAUUUUACGUAUUGACAACAUUCUUGUCAAACUACAAUUUUUAUGUAAUAAGACUUCAUAGUUACAUUAGGGGUAAGUUUUAUUUUUAUUCAAUGCCAUAGUCUAAAUUUUGAUUGUGAACCUAUUCUUUAAAUAAAUAUUUUCAAACCUUAGCUGGUUAUAAAAA